AAGCAGAAAAGUGACGGCAAGUAAAUGACGAGUUUGACGGACUCACGGUCUUCUCUUCACCGGCGGUCAAGCUAAGCCUAGUGCUGUUCUGUGGAUGUAACGGUGCUGUAAAAGGGUUUAUAAACCCCAUAGGAGGUCAGCCAGCUGAGUAUCCAGUUUAAAGUUCAGAGUUCAAUCUCACAGCACCAAGCAAAAAGGAAGCAGAUCAAGGGUAGCCGAGCGAGCAGAGGUUGUCAAUUACGUGUCUUAAUGAGUCUCUGGAAGCAGCCGUCGAAACUCGCCAUGGUUGUAGUACUGCUGCUGCUGCUAUGUCAUGCAGUGGACAAAGUCCAUUGCUCGACGCACCAUAACAACAGCCAAGAUUUUCAUUCUCUGCUAGAGUUCAAGAAGGGCAUCACCAGUGAUCCGCACGGAGCCUUGAGCAAUUGGAACCCCAGCAUCCACUUCUGCCAUUGGCAUGGUGUGAACUGCAGUUCCACGCGACCAUAUCGAGUCACGGAGCUCAACCUCACCGGCCAAAACUUGGCUGGCCAAAUCAGCUCCUCUGUUGGAAACCUGACCUUCCUUCAUACCCUUGAUCUUAGCAACAAUAGCUUCAUUGGCCCCCUACCUCUUCUUAACAAGCUCCGAAACCUGGACUUACUCUUUCUGGGAAGCAACCAUUUGGAGGAUGUUAUUCUAGAUUGGCUUACAAACUGUUCCAACUUAGUCUACCUAGAUCUCUCUAAAAACCAUCUCACGGGUCAUAUUCCUCCGAACAUAGCCUUUCUUAAAAAGCUAGAAGGUAUCAACCUUUAUGGUAAUUAUCUCAGUGGGGUCAUCCCUCCAACCUUAAGAAACCUCUCCACACUAUUGUUAGUUGAUCUUUCAAACAAUCAACUAAAUGGAAGCAUUCCUAAUGAAGUUUGGCAAAUACCGAACAUACAAAUGGUAAAUCUAGCAAUAAAUAACCUAUCAGGUGGAAUCCCAGAUACUUUCACUAACUUAUCUUCUCUUAUGAUAUUAGGCCUUGACCACAAUAUGCUGGGCGGCACAUUGCCAUCAAACAUUGGUGAUGUGCUCCCUCAUCUGCAAGGACUAUACUUAGGAAGCAACUUAUUUUUUGGUACAAUUCCAACUUCCCUAGGCAAUGCUUCAAAUCUAGAAGUCGUAGACCUACCAAACAACCUUUUCAGUGGCACAAUCCCAAGUUCUUUUGGAAACCUUUCAAAGUUGCAGAUUCUAAACCUUGAGGUAAACAUGCUUGAAGCAAGACAUAGUGAGGGCUGGCAAUUCUUUGAUGCCCUAGCAAAAUGUAGAUAUCUCGUUAUACUUUCAGUGUCUCAUAAUCAUCUACACGGACCUAUACCAAAUUCGAUUGCUAAUCUGUCCACUAGUCUUCAACAACUAUUCAUGGGUUGGAAUAACCUUUCAGGAAUAGUUCCCCCAACUAUUGGAAAACUUAGUGGCUUAACUAAAUUAUCACUAGAAAACAACAACCUCAUAGGUACCAUUAAGGAAUGGGUCAGAAAGAUGACAAAUCUACAAGUUUUAACACUACAAUCAAACAACUUCAUAGGGAAAAUUCCACCUUGAAUUGGCAAUCUUACACAGUUGGCACGUUUCUCUGUAGCUAGUAACAAUUUCUUCGGUUCUAUAUAUGGGUGACAAUGGGCUCUAACUUUUACAAUAUAAGAUUUAAGGAUUGGAUCGGAUUAGGAUCGGGUCCUAUUACUAUUCAUUUUUGAACUAAAAUUUAUUUAGGGCCCUACCAUUUUGUGAAGAAGCAUUUGGAUCGUGAUCCAUUACCACCCCUAGUUCUAUACCAUCUAACUUCUGUGAUCCUAAAUUAAUGACAAAGUUAGACCUUAGCCAUAACAAUUUCUAAGGGAGCAUACCUGUUCCCUAAAUCUUACUUAGAACUCAUCUCGCUAAAUCUUUCAUCAAACAAAUUUAGUGGCGAAAUUCCUAAAACUUUAUGAAGACUUGAACAACUAAAGGACAAUCAAAUGGACCACAACAUUCUUACUAGAAACAUUCCGUCCACAUUCAGCAGUCUACACAGCUUGAACUUGUUCAAUCUUUCCCAUAACAAUUUAUCUGGUCGAAUGCCAAAUUUUCUAAGUGGUCUAAAUCUUAGUAAACUAGACCUACCGUACAAUAAUAAUUUCCAAGGAGAAAGAUCAAGAACUGGUCUAUUUGAUAAUCCUACAGUCAUAUCGCUAGAUGGAAUCUGGGAUUGUGUGGAGGAGCCAUGGUUUUGCAUAUGCCUCCUUGCCAUGUUGCUUCAAGAAUAGUAGGGAGUGCAACAUUAUUGAUCAAAAAUAUUGAUCCCAAUAUUUGGGUUCAUGUCUCUCGUAUUGCAGGUGUAGUUUUACUCCUAGAAAAGAGGACAUCAAGAAGAGCAUAUAGAUCAGAGCAAUCUUAUUAUGAGCAUUUUGAGAAAGUUACCUAUAACGACUUAGCUCAAGCAACACAUGACUUCUUAGAAUCCAACCUGAUUGGGAGAGGAAGUUAUGGUUCGGUGUAUCAAGGGAAGCUGAAGGAAGGCAGAAUGGAAGUGGCAGUAAAUUUUUUUGACCUAGAGAUCAGAGGAGCAGGAAGAAGCUUCUUGUCGGAGUGUGAAGCAUUGAGAAGCAUUCAACACUGGAAUAUUCUUCCCAUCAUAGUUUCUUGUUCAAUAGUAGAUAAUGUACGAAAUGUUUUCAUAGAUUUAAUUUAUGAGUACAUGCCUAAUGGGAGCUUGGACACAUGGCUACAUCACAAAGGCGACGAGGAGGCUACAAAAUGUCAUGGCUUGACUCAAAGUAUAAGCAUAGCUGUUAAUAUAGCUGAUGCAUUGGAUUAUUUGCACCAUGAUUGUGGACAGCAAACUAUUUGUUGCGACUUGAAACCUAGCAAUAUCCUUCUAGAUUGUGACAUGAAUGCUCUUUUGGGAGAUUUUGAAAUUGCACGUUUGUAUCAUGAUUCCGAGUCAAAAUGGACAGGUUCAAUAAGUUCAAUUGGUGUAAAAGGAACAUUUGGAUAUAUUCCUCCAGGCACAUAUAGUUACUUUAGCUA